GCGGGUGAGAGCAACGAGACAGAGAGACAUGACAGAAUUAGAGGACAAAUCUUCGUUGGGGCUCCAGCUACAGCACAUUUGCAAGAAAUGCGGGAAUAUUGUGACCGACAGACAGAGUGGAAUGCCAUGCUGCCACUGUUUCUCCCUGCUCAAUGAGGGGAUGAAGAAAGUGGCGCACAGAGAGAGGAACAACGACUUGCAGGACAACAGGGACAAUGUUGUGGGGCACCUGGGAGACAUAGACUUCAUAGGUGCCAGUAAAACACGUGGCAAGUUUGUGAGGGUGUGCUACUCCAUGGACCCAACCCUCAUCUACCAGCUGUUGACUGAGCAGUGGGGCCUGUCCCCACCCCACCUCGUGGUGUCACUGGUGGGGGGAGAUGAGCUGGCUCAGAUGAAGCCCUGGCUGAGGGACACGGUGAGGAAGGGGCUGGUCAAGGCCACCCAGACCACAGGUGCAUGGAUUCUCACCAAUGGGCUGAGGUUUGGCAUCACUAAGCAUCUAGGGCAAGCGGUGCGGGACCAUGCCCUCGCAAGCACAUCCUCCAAGGUCCAGGUUGUGGCUAUUGGCAUCACCCCUUGGAAUAUGAUCCACAACAAGGAAUUGCUGAUCUCUGCCAAGCCUGACCAGCCAGCAAGAUAUCCAUCAGAAGACCUUCCACAUGGGACUGUCUACUCUCUGGAUUGUCACCACUCACAUUUUGUCCUGGUGGAAGAGGAUCCUCAACAGCCAGGCAGCACUUGCGAGAUGGGGGUCAAACUGCUCCAGCACAUCUCCCAGCAGCGCACUGGAUAUGGGGGUACUGGCAGCUUUGAGAUCCCAGUGCUAUGUUUACUGGUGCACGGAGAGCCCAAGAUCCUUCAGCGGAUGUACAAGGGGAUUGUCAACUCAACACCCUGGCUAAUCCUGGCAGGCUCAGGAGGUGUGGCAGACAUUUUGGUGACACUAAUCAACAAAGGGUUUUGGGACACGGAGACUGUGCAGGAACUACUGCUGGACACCUUUCACACGGGGUUCCAUAGCACAGACCUGACCACCUGGACCAGACAGAUUCUGAAGAUUAUGAAAAAUGGACACUUGCUGACAGUGCAUGAUCCAGAACAGGAGACAUCAGAGCUGGACACAGUGAUCCUCAGGGCCCUGGUUAAAGCCUGUAAGGCUCAGAGUCAAGAGGCACAGGACUACCUGGAUGAACUAAAGCUGGCAGUCGCCUGGGACAGGGUGGACAUCGCAAAGAGUGAAAUCUUCAAUGGAGAUGUGGAAUGGACGGCCUGUGACCUGGAAGAGGUGAUGAUGGAUGCUCUGGUGAAUGACAAGCCAGACUUUGUGAAACUUUUCGUAGACAAUGGAGUGAACCUCGGGGAGUUCCUCACAUAUGGUCGGCUCCAGGAGCUGUACUGCUCCAUUCCUGAAAAGUGCCUGCUCAACGACCUGCUCAAGAAGCAAAAGGAGAAGCAACUCCUGCUGGCAAAGGCUCGCGCACCCGGAAUUAUCCACAGUGAGCCGGGGGAGCGCCGGCCUCGGUUCACACUGCAUGAGGUCUCCAAAGUGCUAAAAGACUUCCUCCAUGACUCCUGCAAGGGCUUCUAUCAGAAGAUACCCACGGAAAAGGGAAACAAAAACCGACUUGGUCCUACACCCAAAAACCUUCCUGAUCCAGAGGAGCACUGUGAACACCCAUGGAGAGACCUCUUCCUGUGGGCUGUGCUGCAAAACCGACAGCAGAUGGCCAACUACUUUUGGGCAAUGGGUCCCGAGGCAGUAGCAGCAGCACUGGCGGGUUGCAAGAUCUUGAAGGAGAUGGCUCACCUGGAGUCAGAGGCAGAGACUGCUCGCAGCAUGAAGGAAGCCAAAUAUGAGCAGUUUGCUCUAGAUCUGUUCAGUGAGUGCUACGCCAACAGUGAGGACCGUGCGUACGCGCUGCUGGUGAGGAAGACUUGCUCCUGGAGCAAAUCCACUGUUCUCAACUUGGCCACAGAGGCAGAUGCCAAAUGCUUCUUUGCUCAUGAUGGGGUUCAGGCUCUCUUGACAAAGAUCUGGUGGGGAGCCAUGACAACCGACACAGCCAUCUCCAAGCUGGUCUUAUCCUUCUUCUUCCCACCUCUCAUUUGGACCAACCUCAUCAAAUUCAGCGAUGAGGAGCUGGACAGCUCCCGGAGCGGAGAGCAGUUUGCUGAACUGGACAGCCUGGAUACUGAGAAGGCCUUGCUUCUAACAGAGGACGAUAACAUAGAGUCCAGAGAAGGCCCUUCAGUGCCACAGAGCACUGGUGCCAUCUGGAUGCAGUUCCUCCUCCGAAGAUGGCGCUGCUUCUGGAGCGCACCUGUCACUGUCUUCCUGGGCAAUGUUAUCAUGUACUUUGCCUUCCUCAUUCUCUUCACCUAUGUCCUCCUCCUCAACUUUCACCCUCCACCCCCCAAGGGCCCAUCCAUUGCAGAGAUUGUGCUCUACUUCUGGGUCUUCACCCUGGUGUUGGAGGAGCUGCGGCAGAGCUUCUUCAGUGAUGAAGACAUGAACAUCCUGAAAAAGUUCAAGUUGUAUGUAGAAGACAAUUGGAACAAGUGUGAUAUGGUGGCUAUUUUGCUCUUUGUGGUGGGUGUGUCCUGCAGGAUGGUUGAGCACAUGUACGAAGCUGGACGCACAGUCCUUGCUUUGGACUUCAUGGUCUUCACCCUCCGGCUAAUUCACAUCUUUGCCAUCCACAAGCAACUGGGGCCCAAGAUCAUCAUUGUGGAGAGAAUGAUGAAGGAUGUGUUCUUCUUCCUUUUCUUCUUGAGCGUCUGGCUGAUAGCCUACGGAGUGGCUACCCAGGCGCUGCUGCACCCCAAUGAUCCACGGCUGGACUGGGUCUUCCGCAGGGUGCUCUACCGCCCUUACCUGCACAUCUUUGGCCAGAUCCCUCUUGAGGAGAUUGAUGCUGCAAGAAUGACUGAGGCCAACUGCAGUUCUGACCCGGAGCAGAUCAUGCAUGGGAUACUGCCUCCUUGUCCUAAUAUCUACGCCAACUGGCUGGUCAUCCUGCUGCUGGUUAUUUUCCUGCUGGUUACCAAUGUGUUGCUGUUGAAUUUGCUCAUUGCCAUGUUCAGUUACACCUUUCAGGUAGUACAGGGAAACACAGACAUCUUCUGGAAAUUCCAGCGGUACAAUCUGAUCGUGGAGUACCACAGCCGGCCAGCUUUGGCACCGCCCUUCAUCAUCAUCAGUCAUUGCUCCCAGCUGCUGCUAAGCCUGGUCAAGAAGACUGAAUCCAAACUGGAGCACCUUGAACGGGAGCUGCCUCCUGGAUUAGACCAGAAGCUGAUGACCUGGGAGACGGUGCAGAAAGAGAACUACUUGGCCAAGCUGGAAUACCACCACCGUGAAAGCAGUGAAGAAAGACUCAGGAACACAUCUUCAAAAAUGCAAACCCUGUUGAAGAUUGUUGGAGGAUACAAGGAACAAGAAAAACGUCUCUCCUCUGUGGAAGUGCAGGUGAAAUACUGCUGCGAUGUGCUGUCCUGGAUGGCGGAGUGCUUUUCCCGGAGCACCUUGAAGGGUGACAUAGAGGCACCAAGAGCUCCAGGCUCAGAACAAAGAGGCAGCAGUGAUCCACAAUACACGAUGACAGGGGAAGCAGACAAGGAAGGCCAUGCAGGAAACAGUGCCUAGAAGACACUUCCGAACAUCG